ACAAUUUCGAUGAGGAAAAAUCGUACAAAGGUCAACAAGACCAUCGACAUUCGCCUUAAUGAAGAGAAGUUUUACUUUCUUAAUGAGGCCAUAAAAGGUCUUGUUAUUAUCCAUCCAAAGAGUCCGACAAAAACCAACGCAAUUCGGUUACGCUUUACAGCAGAACUUGUUCUAUCUAUAAAAGCCAAGGAGAUAAUUACUUUGUUUGAAGAAGUGAAAGUUAUCCCAGUGGGUAAUGGCCCAGAUAUUAAAGCACACAUCUUGGAAGCAAAACAACACACUUUUCCAUUUGAGUUUAUUGUACCCGAAAAACUCUCUUUACCAAGUUCUAUGGAGCUCGACAAGGGAAAAUCCCGUAUCCAUUAUACCCUUACCGCCAUUCAUGAUCGUCCAAUGAUACCAGAAUCACUCUGUCCAAAAGCAGAAUAUUGUGUUCGUAUGCUUGAGAAAAUUGAUACAAUGGUUGAACGUUACCAGACACCUCAAGAGAAGACGAUUGAGAUCAGCCUACCUUGGGCAAAGAAGGAGAAAUGCACAGCAAAAUUAUACAUGCCCAGAAGAGGAUAUACACAAGGUGAUACGAUACCACUGAAUAUUACUGUGAACCAUUUCGAGUCUUUAACCCGCAGUAAAGGAAUCACGAUUCAACUAAUUCGAAUGGUUGAUGUAGCCACAGCAAAGAACACUGUUUCAAAGCAGCAUGUAUUACGAUGCAUUGAAUACAACUUAAACCUUACAUCUGCACAAAAUUUCACCCAAAACAUCUCCUCACAAGUAUCAAUCCCAACAUCUACGCCACCAUCAAUACGAUAUAAGCAAAACACCCUCGUCGUACAUUACAAAAUACGUGUUCGGGUCAAUUUUAGCAAAAUUAAUCCACCAAAAGAACAUAUAUCAGUGGUCGAGCUUCCUAUUACUUUAGGUACCUGGCCUCGUGCGGCAAUUCCCAUCGAUGAUGACGAUGAAGAAGAAGAGGAUAUUUCAGAGUUUAUGGAUUCACUUGCAGUGAGUGAAGACGAUUUUGAAGACGAUAAUAAUGGAAAACCAUAUUACAGAGAACCUAGCUUCACUUCUAGACGAACUCCAAGCGAUUCGAGCGGGUUUGAUACCUGCCUCCCAGUAAAUGCCUCUACUGUUACUGUCACUCAACGAAGCCCAUUUACUGAAGGGAUCGAUCGUUCUAGAUCAACUGCGUCUUGCUCUUCGAAUGUAUCCCUCCAGUCAGGAUCGUCUUGGAAAUCGAACCAUUCAGUAGAAGCAAAUAGUUCUACUGCUACUGCUACCACAUCUACCAUCUUAACCCCCCGAAAUAUGUCUCUCACCACCAGUAUCUCCAGUACUGAUUUCCAAACCCAAUCAAAUACACCAUAUGGUCGUAACUAUCCGUAUGUCGAUACUGUCCCUAGUACAUCUUUCUCGCAGGCAUAUCUUAACCGGUCAUCUUCCACGCCUGAUCUUUUAACACAUCCCGCCAGUCCCGUGAGCCCUGUGACAUCUAAUCACUCUUACACGCGAGGCGAUUCCCUCCCAGGACAAAGGCAACACACACCAAUAUACGAAAGUCAAGACAGCCGAACACCGUUUUUUGUAAAUGUCCACAACCGCCAAUCAAAAUCAUUCCACACACAUUCUCCUGGACAAAAUAUCCCUUCUAAGCAUUAUCAUCACAUGCGUAUACCAUCAGACGACUCACGAUUCUAUGGUGUUCCACAGCCAAUACAUCCACAAUCGCAGCCACAGCAGCAGCCACAGCAACAGCAACAACAACAGCAGCAGCAGCCACAGCUGGCACAACCACAGCAUUAUCCAUUAUCACCAAAUGUACCUAGUCGUGUAUUACAAUUGAUUCCAUCCCAGCCUACAUAUAGUGCUCCACCCCGGAUGAUCUCUCCAGUCAACACACAGCCAUCCACUCCGUACAUGGAAAACGACUCAAAUAUGGAUAUGAUGGAAGAAAAGAAUGUUUCUGAUGAUAGCGAUGACAGUGAUGACAGCGAUGAUUUAUUAGGUAUAAUCGCCAGAAAGAAAAGGCUACAGGAAAAAGAGAUAAGGGAACGCCAGCGUAUGGUAUUUACAGUUUCAGAAUCAUAGCAUUUUCUUUUCUGGCUUCUUCUUUUAUGGAUCAUUAAUGCCGAUUGAUUUGGCUUAUUGGAAUUUUCCAUUGUCCCAUUACUUUAUAUUACUAUAUUUAUAUUAUUAUAUUUCCUUGUAUUUCCUUUUUACUGUAAUUUAUUUAAAGCCUCUGUCUACACGCAAGGUAUACAUCCUU